UUUAUGCCCAACGGAUGCACUUUUGGGUCCUUCGCGGUAGUUUUGCGCGUCUCGUCGGUCGGAUUUUCCCACGGUUGAGUUUCGCCGAUUGGCGUUGAUCGCGCGUUAAAGUUGCAGUUUGCAGUUUUGUAUGCAAGCAGAAAAAAAUCAUCGCUCACCGAAGGGGUGGAACAGGUGCCGUGUGUAAUUAGCCGUGAUUGCAUCGAUAACUGUCCGGGCGAUUGAUUGCAGGGGUGGGAGUGCCGUGUGAUGUGAAGGAGUUGCGAUUUUUUUUUUAUUUCUAUUUCCUGGCAUAAUAAAUGCAGCAAAGCUUCCCAGCACGGGGUUUGUGAAGUUUGUAAAGUUUGUUUCGGGCGUUGGUAGGUACCGAGGAAUAGAGCGCUGUAAGUGUAGGGAAAGUGUGUGUAGGUGCGAGCGGUCGUGAGAUGGGAUGGUUAUUAAAUCGAUGACAUCGGUGCUGGUGGUAUCUGCUGAUGCUCUGCGGCUCCGCUGGUGAUGAUAAUGGAUGCUUGCUGCUGGUGUAGCAUGUUAUCCCUGGUGAGAGUGGACCUACGUGGUUAUACAUAGUUCGGAGGCUGCUCGGUUAGUAAAUGGAUCCUUCCGCCCGUUCGACAUCGGUCGUUCGAGUUCGUACACAAAAGUGACACCGUUCGGGUGACUAUGAUAACAGUUGUUAGUGCGUAAAGCUUAAGCUCAGCUGGUGCACAGUCGAUGGGAUAUAGUCGUGCUUUCCGUGUGUGAGAUAUUUGUGAACAACGUUAUUGCUAUCAUUUGGGAAAUCGGCUCUCGAUACGGCCAGUGCAUCGAUGGCCUAAUAUUUGUGGUCAAUGGAGAACCCUUCGCUAAACAGAGGAUUAUGUUAGUAGCUUUAAUUUAUCGUACCGAUUUGCAGGCAAACGAUCCGAAACGAAUGAAGGCAACCGCAGGUGCAAGUGCUUCUGUAAAGUGCAUCAAUUGAACCAAAAUAUCGCUGGUCGUACGGCGAAUCUAUUGCAGCUAAAAAUACCAUCAGAACUAUCUUCAAAACAAAGUUUCCAACAACAAUAAAUAAAAUAAACCAAAAAGCAUCCCCUAUAGGUCUCCCAUCAGGGUGCCAAAAAUGAGACCAAUAAUGAAUACCGCUGAAAAGAUAAAAAUUAAUUUAUAUUGUGCCUCGGCAGUGGGCCAAGCGAGCGAGCCAGGCACAAAAAAGGCGAUAAAAAGUGAUGAAAAUUGAUUGUCCGCACCCGCAGCAUCCUCCACCGUCAUCGGUCUGUGAGUCGAGAGCGAACAUCGCGGUUCAAAGUGCUGCGCGUGUUUUUGCGUGUGAAAUUGGUUGAACUUCCGAGCCCCGCAGCACGCCCGUGGAUCGCAAAGGCUAGCCGGGUUUGGUCUAUCUGCGCCGUGAUAGUGAGUGUUGUUCAUAGAACAGAAAAUUUCGUGCUGCUGGCAUCGUACUAAGUGUGGCGUAGACGCUGGUUCUAUCUGACGGCGCGGCGGCAUAUUGUGGUACCAGAGACCGGAAGUGGUCGCCGGAAAAAAAGAACCAGCUUCCUAUGAACUUCAACCAUCCGAAAGCGUCCGCUGUCGGGCUGUGAGAGAUAAAAAAAAGUGAAAAUGGAAUACUAUCGUAAAACAAGCGGGUAGCAGGUUUCCGGAAAAUUUGCUGCUGCACGAAAAUAAAAAAGCGAGCAGCCAAACUCAGCAGGACGGCGGCAACCGAGGAUCUCCUAAAAUUAAGCGGUGUUACGCCGUAUAAUGAAAAAGUUUCUCGUACCACAGCCGGCCACAGGCUGCUGGAUGCUGGAACGAUGUCCACAAGCUUUGGCAGUUGGCGACAGCAGCAGCAGCAGCACACUUUCAGGACCGCAGCUUUGAAUCAAGGACUCCGAAGGCCACAGUCCCUUUCACAGUAGAUAGGAAGCGAGCGCGUGGCAAGAUUAAAGCAGGCGAAUGAUACAACCCAACAACAAAGAAAGAAAAAAAACAAACAAACAAGAUAAGAGCUAACUCGGUGAGCAAAAAUUCAAGCGCGAAAUUGCAAGUGAUGGUAUUAUUGGAAUAAUUUAUAAUAAUAUAAUCCACUUUAUUCCCGCCUGGAUGUUGAAGUAAAACGAUGGCAAGGUUAAGCGAAAAAAAUGUUCCAACGAUGGAAAAAGUUGCCGAAGUGGUGAAAUAGACGUAAAUUUUUGUGUAGAGCAGCAGCGGAAAGUUUAAUCACCUAUUUUGAAACACAAAAAAAAGAAGCAAAAAGUAUUAGAAGUGAGGGUGUAUAUAAAAUAUCAGAUGCAAUUUUUUCCGAAACAGUUUGAGUUUAAACUUUGAGUGAAAUAUUAGCAAAGUGCGCGCACAGAGGGCAAAAGUUUCUGGGGGUAAAGUGCUGGAAUCAAGAAGCUGCCACCGUGAAAGUGAGAGUGACGUUUGAGCUUCGCUUCGAGAUGAUGGUGUUUCGGGGAGUUUUUGUGCAAAAGUUCAUUAUGGUAAUUUUUCGGGCAGGUGGCCUUGGAGCGAGAAAGUUUUGAAAUUUUCCGGGCCAGCAAACAACGUAAACUAAUGUUCUUUCAUCUGCCCGGGCCGCAGCAAGAAUAGAGGGUCCCACACAGCGCAGUGUACACAGCAGUGUUCCAUACCGAAGCGGUGUGUGCCGAAUAUCUCGCUCCGAACCGAGGCGAGUCUUUGCCGCCAUGAAAGUUUACCGAAGAGGCAAGAUGGCGUGCCUGAAUGAAUGUCCUGUCCAGGUGUGCUUCCUGCUGCUGGCCGCUAUUGUACAUCUGGCAACGAGUGUUAAAGAUGUGCCCCUCGUCACCAUGGAAGCGGUGGUCGGCGAGACCAUCUAUCUUCCCUGCAACAUCAGUACCCACGAGCCGGGAGACAAUGUGGUGCUGGUUCUCUGGUACCGCGAAGAUAAAGGAUCGCCCAUCUACAGCGCCGACACCCGGGGCCGGGACGUGACAUCGGCCAAGCGCUGGUCCGACGACGCCGUGUUCGGCAACCGGGCGUACUUCCUGUUCGAGAAGCAACCGGGCGAGCUGGCGGUUCAGAAUGCCCGCGAUACCGACGGCGGUGUGUACCGGUGUCGGGUGGAUUUUAUCGUAGCACAAACUAGGAAUAGCAUCGUAAAUUUAACAAUAAUUGUACCACCGGAGCGGGUGGUGAUACGUGACCAAGUCGGUGCGGAACGGACGACGGUAGCCGGUCCGUACAGUGAAGGAGACAUCAUCAAACUGCGCUGUGACGUGUACGGUGGACGGCCCACACCGGCGGUCAGCUGGUACCGGGAUGGCGUUCCACUGGUGGCCGAAACCAAAUAUAUGGCCCUCGGUAAACAUCUCCGCAGCGAGAUCGCACUGGGACCACUGACCCGGCAGGACCUGCACUCGAAGCUGGUGUGUAAGGCUAACAACCACGUACGGGCCAGCCCGGUGGAGCAGUCCGUCCAAAUCGAUAUGAACUUUGCUCCUUUGAACAUAAGACUGAUUGGUGCUCACCAGCCACUGUCGGCCGGCCAUCGGUACGACCUUCUGUGCCAAAGUGCGGGUUCCCGGCCUGCCGCCUCCAUCACCUGGUUCCUGGACGGGGUUCGGCUCGACAAAAGCAAAGAGACGACAUCGGCCGAUGGAAACCAAACCACUAGCACCCUGUCGAUUAGUCUCAACCGUACCGAUGCGGGCAAGUAUCUGUCCUGCAAGGCGUACAACACCUACGUGCCAUCCGAUGCGCUCGAAGACGGAUGGCAGCUGGAUAUACAACAUGUUCCUGAUGCUUUCGUGCGGCUGGGAAGCUCACUCGAUCCGGAUUCCAUCCGAGAGGGCACCGACGUCUACUUUGACUGCAUCGUGACAGCCCAUCCCGCUGUCUACAAGGUCGAAUGGAAACAUAAUAACAAAACACUGCCGCACAACAUAUCGCAGGGUGUCAUCAUCAGCAACCACUCGCUGGUGUUGCAGGGAGUCUCGAGGACCACCGCCGGGAACUAUUCGUGCGUCGGAUUCAACGCAGAGGGCGAAGGCAGCAGUCCCGUGUUCCCUCUGAACGUGAUGUAUGCGCCAACGUGUGCGCCUAACCAGCAGCGAGUUUACGGCGUUGCCAAACAGGAGAACGCCGAGAUCCGAUGCAUCGUUGAUGCUAAUCCGCCCGAUGUGGAGUUCAAAUGGACGUUUAAUAAUUCAGCCGAGAGUAUCGAUGUACAGGCGAGCCAUAUUUCACGACUAGGAACCUCGUCCGUGGUCUCGUACACGCCGAUGACUGAAUUAGACUACGGUACGCUGCUCUGCGUGGCCACCAACCGGAUCGGCAAACAGAGGCAGCCCUGCGUGUUCCACAUUAUUGCCGCAGGUCGACCCGACCAGGUGCACAACUGCACAUUGGCGAAUGUCUCCAUGACAUCAUUGCAAGUCCGAUGCUUCGAAGGUUUCAACGGAGGACUGGCGCAAUCGUUCUUCCUGGAACUUCGGGACACCCAGUCGCAAGAGGUACGCUUCAACAAUACCUCACCGGUGCCUCGGUUUGCGGUGCCGAAUCUGCACCCCAGUGCGAUCUAUCAACUGGCCGUGUACGCAUUCAAUUCCAAGGGCAAGUCCGAACCGUACGUGAUGAGUGCCGCCACGCAGCGGCUUCCGGAGAAGCAAAUGAACUCGGAGAAAGCAGAGCGUCCCCGAUCACCACUGCCUCUGACACCGACCCUUUCGAUUGCUAUUGGACUAGGAGCGGCCGUGCUCAUUGGAAGCUGUGCCAUUGUGUUGGCCCUGAAAUUUCCCUGCGGUGCCAGCCGCCGGCGGAACAAGGAGACGGCCCAAAGCACUACGGUGCGCACCUCCUCACCCGGGCCAAGCGAUAAAAGUGUGGCCAGCAAGGAUUACGAUGGGAACGAGAGUGACGAGAAGAAUCCGGACGUCAUUCCGGAUACGAUCGAUUCGGAUGAUCAGAUGGAGUACAUCCGGCGGCGUCAGCACAUAUCCACGAUUGACACCAGCAGCCCCAGCCGGUUGCUGUUGACCACGACGGCACAGAGUCAAAGUUUCAUGGGUUCAACGAUGGCCCUGCAGCACAGCAAUCACUCCGCCAGCUUGGGCUACUGCACCUUGCGGAACGGCGUACCACAGCCCGCCGUUGCUGGCUCGGUGACCAACGUGUCCAUGAGCCACGUGCCAAAUAGCUUCAGCCAUGCGGGAUCGCAUGUCACCUGUACCCUUCCGAGACAUCCGAUCGGCACGGGAACCAUCAAUCCGGCCGGUGGCGUCGGCCACCAUUGGCCCUCGUACGGGGGCACAAUCGCUGGAGUCCGCAACAUGACGGCCAUCUCGGUGAGCAGCAGCCCACAGGCCGUACCGCCACCACCAUCCACGAUAGCGAUGCAACACCUGGGAGGACCCCAGCCGAGGGCCCGGGUCUGUAUAGGACUACCGGAGGAUGACGUAUCCGCCGACACGCCGCUCAUGGUAAAACGCGAAAGCACCGUAUGACUAUAGGAAUCUCGCAGGGUCGGUGAUACGGCCCUGUGAGGCUUGCUUUCUCCGAAUGCACACACGCGUCACACGAGGACUGGAGAAGUGGCAGGAAAGAAGCACGCAUGAGACUUAAACAAUAAUUAGACAUUGUUGGAAACGGAUUGAGAGAGAUUAUUGAAUUUUCGGGAAGUUUAUGAAGGUCGCCCCACACACGCAUAGGGGAACCAUUUUUCUCCAUAUUCUAUCGGGAGGAACACUAUUUCUUUGUUUACGUUCUCAUUUCCGACUGUUUUCUAGAACAAAAAGAGCAUAAGUAAAAAAUAACGAUGUUAUUUAUCAUUAUAUCAUUUUGUGAUAUGAACGCUGUGAAAUAAUCAAAUCGAUAUGCUCAAUUUUGAGUGCGAAUUAAUGCCGAAAGGUCGAGUGGCCAAAGAGCGCUUCGGUAAGUACUGUUAAUUUCGGCCCUGGGCUGUAUAAAAAAUCAAACCGAAGAAAAAACGAACGACAAACGGCGCAUAAAGCAAAUCUGUAAAUAAUAAUCUAGUUUAUGACCAAUCUCCGAAUCUUCGCUUGGAUGGAUUCCGUGGUUGUUGCUGAUAAAAAAAGAGACAGACAGACUGGUAGACUCGGAGCCGAAGGUAGGGUGUCACUGCGGGAUGCUCGAUUUUCUCUCGUAAAUGUGUAGUUUUCAUAUUUAAGAAAGGAAACUUGCUUUAGAAAUUCAACAUUCAACGUUGAGAAAAAGUAAAAAUUGGCAGGUGGCAACCGUUGAAAGUCGUGUCCUUUGUUGAAACUUGUUCAUACUUAUAUCUCCUUCAACCUUUCAUUUACUAAUCUAUCCCACAUGUUUCUCACCCGAAAUCAAUAGGCCUAUUCUUACCCGCCGUGCACAUGACGAAAGUCAGCAGACAAUCCGUAAAUUAAAGGCAUAAUCGAGUCGUAAAAAAACCCACACACACACUAUCGAGCAGCGUCACCCUACCUCAAGGUCACCAUCUUUUAGUCUGUUUCGAAAUACAUACCAUGUACAUAAAUAGAGAAAAAAUCACAACAGCAAACAUCCCCAACAGGCGAGGGCUAGGUAGGCUACGCGGAAAAGCACAUCCUUCCAUACGGAGGAACUUUUUUCCCGUCUGAUUUGAUUCCGCGUGAACGAAUGUGGCUCGCCUCGCGUCUCAUCUCGUGUCGCAACCGAACCAAAGCGAGAUGGGCUGAAAGGAGAGGGGAAAUAAAAGGAUGCUUCGGUUGAUUGGGAUUGGAUUGGGUGGAAGGAAAAUGGAUGCCAAAUCCAGUAAAGAUUCCGUUCUCCCUACCCUCGACGGGGACCGAGGGUCAGUUAGUAUAGAAACGGGCGCAAAAAGGAGAAGAGUUAAUUUAGUUUUAGCUAGAAAAUACAAUUUAACGAUGUGCCCGGUGGUAGUUGACUGGGUGUAGGUAUGUGGUUCCGGUGGUUGACAAAGGCGGAAAAAAUGGAUCCUGAUGAGGCGGAACGAUUGGAGCGUUCAGAUCGCCUGGCGCUUGUUAGUAAGGGAGUUAUUGUCGUUUUCUCACUCCCUUUUUAGUUUUUCCGUCGGAGGGUUACUUGGUUCUUAUGAUAUCAGAAGUGUGCUUUAUAUAUUUUAAUUUAUACGUUGACAGAAUUUUUUACAAAAUGUUUAAGAGGUUUAUGUUUUUAACCGGCAUUUACGUUGAGGAGUGUUUCAGUUCCUUUCAGUGCUUAUGCGCUCCAUGCUCAUUUUUAAUCCAACUAAUCAUAGUCGUAACACAAACACCUGUGUGCGUAUCUAAUACUGUAUUUCAUCAAUCUCUUCUAUCAUACUGUUUAAACAACAGUAUAGAAGGAAUUCAAACAGAUGGGUUUAUACGAGGAAAAAAUUAUGUUCUAAGACUACAUGCUUCGAGUCCUUCGAAGCUUUCAAUUACCAACGCAUCGAAUGAUAAAUAUCCCAAAACUAUUUUUUCAGUGGGAAAAAAAUUCAUCAGCACGUCCAGACUAUUAGUAUGGGUCGACUUCAUGCAACCCAAAACUAUACGCAAACAAUUCUCAUCACCAUGAUAAAGUGAUAAUCUACUAAGUCUACAAUCUAUUUUUGCCCGAGUCAUAGCUAAAAGCGAGCAAAGUGAACGACAAUUAGCAGCCUCUCCAUCGAGCAGCUCCGUCAUGAGUGAAUUUGAUUAAAAUGGGUCGUUCUAACCUAAUACUACGGACUUCUGAUUUCGCGCUAUAUCUUUUAUGAGGUGGAAUAUUUUUUGACGGUGAAAAUUAAGCUAACGGCUUCUAUCCAGUUUCAUCACCUACGCCAUUUAGUAUUGAUACCAUUCAUAAAAAUGAGAUAGAAUAUCGAGAUGCCCAGGAAGAAAUAUUGCAAAAUGCCUGCUCUACAACUUUGUGGAAAACACCUAAUUUUUAUCUCUCCGUUGAAUAGUUAAUUUCAGCGCCAUCAAUGCUGCCACAGGUGGAACUAAAAUUUUCUAACUCAGACUUCACUUCACCACAAGUUUAUAAACUUCUUUUAACAAAGCCGGAUUGACUAGCAGUCUUCGACAAAGUUGUACACAAUUAAAAUAUCUUUCUUUUUUUCACGUACGGUGAUAAUAUGAUACAAACAGUUGCAUCUAGCAUCGAAAAUGCGGGCUAGUGGGUUUUCUCCAUGUAAAUUGUCGAAAAAUCCCAUACAAACUUCAGGCACGUUGGUCCGGUAGCUAGAGUUGUCCGUUUUGCUUCAAAUUUUGCGUAAGAUCUCCUGGUUGGACUAGGAAUCGACUUAGGGGUGGGCCGAUAGGGAUCAUUUUUUCGUAUCACUCUAGUAAAGAGCUUUAGGACCAACAGCUUAAGCUUUUUUCUUCUAUGAGCUUUGUAACGGAUAAUCGAUCAUAACAUCAGGUACGCUAGUUUAGUUGAAUAUCCACUGCAAAAAUACAACAUGCCUAUUAGUGUGAGAAAUUUACGAUCACUCGGCUUCACGAUGUUGUUUACAACAUUGAAAAGGCCUUCUCGCUCAACCAAUCUAGCUUGGAUGUAUUCCUAGAUAGUGAGGGUGCUUUCGACAAUGUGUUCUCCCGAGCAGUCUGAUAACAAAUUGAGAACUAAACUUGAUGUUGUGAUGUAGUAGGGAAUGAUUGCUCAGGUUGUUAUCAUUUUGGUCGUUUUAACGGUUAAAAGAUCAAAAUCGAAAGCAGAAAAAUUGCACUAUGAUAUCAAACAGAAAACUAUUUAUGCUAUCAGAGAAAGCAAAUUGAAAACUCAGAAAUAUUUCAUUGAAAACAAAAUAAGUAAUCAAUUUGAUGUUUGUCAAAGAAAUAGAAACAAACAUUUUUUUCUAAAAAUGUAAGCACAUCAAAAUGAGAUCAAAAUAUGAUGUCAUAUCUGAAAAAGUUUUAACUGAUAUCAAAAUAAGAUUUCAAUUUGAUGCUUGAUAUCAAAAUAUGUUGUCUAUUUGCUGUAAUUUUGAUGUUGGACUUUUCUCGGGCUUCCAGUCUAGUCUGGAAGCGAUACACGGUCAUGGAGUAACAGCAUGUAUCUUGGGGCUGGAUAAACGCAAUGCUCAGUAACCGCAUUCUUUUCUCGUCACUGAGACAGCCAGAGCUAAGGAAAAAUAAGUAUUUGCGGUCUUCAGGGUGGUGAUCUGUCGCCGCUGCUAUGGAACUUGAUUACCGACGGAUUGUUGAGGAAACUCAAUGAGCAUGGAUUUCCUACCUACGGGUUAGCUGACGAUUACCAAAUACUAAUUACUGGGCUUUGCACCGGAACAAUCUUUGAUUUAAUGUAACAAGCAUUAAGAGCUGUCGAACAGUGGUGCCGACGAGGUAAAUGGUCAGUUAAUCUAAACAAAACUUCAAUGUAAGAAGCGAAUAACAACCGGAGUUCGCCCUUUGCAGUUCCUUGGUUCUUAACUACUGAGUACAGAUCAAAUCAAAUACGCUGGAGUUAUAUUGGAUUCCAAACUAAUCUGGUCUGCUCACAUUGUUUUGAGAGUAAAAAAGCGUGCAUGGCCUUCGGGCAGCGCAGACGAACUUUUGUUAAGACCUGAGGUCUCAAACCCAUCAUCUAUUGGAUUUACAUGACAAUUGAAUGUCUAAUACUGUCAUGCAGAUGCCUUGGGGGUGGUGUAGGGAAGAGGUGAUGACGAUUCAGUCACAGCUAAAACAUUUGCGAAAAUGGCACUCAUGUCAUUGACUGGUGCUUUCACCACAACUCCGACUGCUGUCAUGAAGGCCCUCCUAAAUAUCUAUUAAUCACACAUACACCUUUAACAAGAAGCAUACAGACUUCAGGUUACUGUGUUGUGAAAUAGUAACAAUGCUGAUCAUACUACCAGUCAUACACGACUAUGGUCACAUAUGGUUACAUGGGGUGCAGAUAUUCUCUUGUUAAUAUGUAAUUUUUCUUACAGAAUCUUCCAUGUGAAGAUUCCUUUUCGAGAGGAGUGGUAGUCUGGCUAUUUGGAGAGACAACAACAAACGCAAAUGACCUGUUACACUGACGGCUCUCUGAUAGAGGAACGUACUGGUGCUGGUGUCUACUGUCGUGAAAUGAGAUUAAAACAGUCUCACUCGCUAGGUAGAUACUGUACUGUAUGUCAAGCAAAAAUCUUCGUGUAUUUACGGGUCCUUCAAAAAACUUGUCCAGCAAAGUUAUAAACAUCUGCUCCGAUAGUGAGGCUGCAAUCAAGGUCCAUAGCUUCACCACAAUAGAUCUAAAUACUGGAUGCAGUGGUUCAUCUCCUACAAAAAAAGAGAAGCUCUUAGCUAGGAUAAAUCACGAUCCAAGCUAACGAUCGCAUGGCUAACCCAAAUCGAAGAACUAAGCAUUGCCAACACUUCUACCUUGUCUGGGUACCCGGAUAUUCCGGUACUACUGGAAAUGAAGGGGUAGACGCAUUGACCAGGGCCGGUACAGCGGAUGACUCCUACUGGUCCUGAGCUCGCCCUGUCAAUUCCGACAAGUUGGAUAAGAGAAAAAUGACGGUCCUGGGCUUGGUCCGAGCACCGCAAAUAUUGGAGAAAUCUUCGUGUCGUGUCGCCAAACAAAGGCGUUUCUAGAACAAUCGUGCCCAGUGAUUUCGAAAUUUUUUUUACAUUUUUUCGAAGCUCCACUGCGGCAUGCUGACCAGGGUUUUAACCGGCCAGUGCAAACUCAAUUUUCACAUAGAAACUAUUCAGCGCGCUGAGUCUUUUUCAUGUGAUCUUUGUGUAUCCGACUACAGAACCUCAUUUCAUCUGGUAUGCAACUGCUCAGCAGUAACGCAAUCGCGAUUUCGAGUUUUCGGCUGUCCUUACAUAGACGACACCAUAUUUGGACGACUGAAACUCAGAGACAUACUAAAGUUUCUUAUCCAAUGUGGCAUAGAGCUUUAGGCUUACUCGCAGGCGAGUUGAACUACCUGCUGUUUGUUUUUGUUUUUGUACUGAAAUUUUUCCCACCCUUCCAAUUCUACUUCCUCCCUCCUCCUUCUCCUUUCCUUCCACAAGGCGCAAAUCCCCGACUACAAACGGGGAACGUGCCAUUUAAGCCAAUAUAUUCUGAUUCCUGAUUGAUUUCAAAUUUCUAAGACCAGGGGCUGUUUACUUCGGCUUGGUGUCAGCGAUAUCUCGCACUGUUAUGUUAGACUGCCUCUUAAUAGAAAAAUUCUAGCCUUUACAAGAAAUCUCAUCAGCCUAUAGUUUUUCGGAGCAGUUACAGAUGUCCACACAGGGGGAUCGUCAGAGCCGGACUCUUCCUGAGCCAAUAAAGCAUAACGAUUUGUCGUGAGUGGCGUAACUCUCUUUAGAAUUUCUGCAAAAUACUGCUUAGAGUAUCUUCUAAGAGAACAGUUCAGGUUCUCCAGUCAUGAUAAUAAAUCAUGUGGACUCUUCCCACAAUAGGCACACUUUUCAAAAUUCCCAUUGCAAGAGCUUGUUGCUACAAUGGCCCACUCGUUUUGUGUUUAGUGUAAUGCAUGAUGCGUGGUAUAUAUAGCGGAACAGGCAGAGACGAACCUUGUCGACCGAGAUGUAAUUAAGCAUAACAGAUCCAUCAAAGGCCACACGAUACAAGUUUGAAGGGACAAUCAAUUUUAUUCCGUCCUGUGUGAUUGCCACUUAAAAUCUUUAAACAUCGAUAUUGACUGGGUGAACACGCCAUCGAUCUCAACUUUGUGAGCGGGUAUGUAGAUGCGGUAGCCCUUCAUAAAAUGCUUUCCGCCAGUAACAUCAUUUACUCGCUUAAGACAGAAUUUCACAAAUCUGAGCUUAUCAUGGCAAACAUUCGAAAUACCUGUCACCGCUGAAUAUUUCUGCGUCACUUCUUUUGAAAUAUUUAGAAUACUUAGCGGUUUAUCUUUGAUCUGAAAGAAGAUCAGAUGGUCUUUGAUGACGCAUCUUGUUCGACAUCCAUUUUACCACCAACUGGAUUUUAUCAGAAGAGUUUUUUUAUGUACCAACUUCGAGUCCGGUGCAAAGUGAAAACGUGAAGAAAACGAAGGAUGAAUCAUAAAUUACGGGAGAUCUAAUAUUCUAAUAAGCUGAAGGAUAGUAAAGCAAAAAUUGUUGUACCUAUCUUCACUCGAUAUAUGGCGAGAAGAUACCGAUUUUCUUAACAACUGGCACGAAGAAUGUGAAAAAAACCUAUAAGAGCAACAGAUCUUGAACGCAUCUUUGUUUUACUCGCAUGUGAAUAAAGAUGAGUAGGUUGUCUGGUACAUGACACUUAAAUUGGUAAUUCGAUUCUUUCUAACUUUCUAACUUGCGUAACUUUUAUUGUAUUUGACCGAAAUGUACCAAAAAUUGUGCAAUUUCCCUUUAGAGUUCAUUGUUUACAUUUGCUAAGUUUUUCAGUUAUCAGUUAAAAUCCGGUCAAGAUGGAAGAAAAUCAACAAUGCAUUAACCAUAGACGGCACCGGUGGUUGAGUGGUAAGCAUGACCGCCACUCAUCCCAGUGUGUCUGGCAUCAAUCACAGCCGAGGUCUUUGCAAUUUUCUGAGGUGAAAAAUCAGUAGCCACGUCUUCCUUCGAAAGGGAAGUGAAGCCGUUGGUCCCGGUCCAUGUGUUGAUGGGCCGAUAUCAAGGGUCCAGUUAUUGGAACUCAGUGCUGACAGAGACCGAUGGAAAAUAAACAAAAAAAACCAUGGAGGCGACGACCACGCUAGGGCUCUGCCUCUGAGUAUAUGUUGUAGUUAUGGUUACGGUGGCAACAGAGACCGGGACAAGAGUCAGUCAGACUUUAUGGGAAAAAAUAGGCAUGGAGUAUAAAAACCAAAACAAUUAAAGCAUUUUUCCUCGACAUCCCAGGACACCAGGACAGUUAGACCAAAACCAGAACAUGUCCUAGGAAACCAGAACGUAUGGUCACCCUAUGUAGGUAUAGCAAAAGAUGAAGCUGUUUUAUAUAACUGCAAGAUUGCAAGCAAUGUUAACAUUAAUUACAAGUGAUUGUCGCCUUACAAUUGUUGUAAGAGAUUUCUGUUUUGGUCAAUAAUUCACAGACCUUUAGAAGUUAAUGAAUUAUCAAAUUGAAACAAGUUUGUUUUUAGCUUCAAAUUGAUAUAAAGAGAUCUCUCAAUUUUCUUUUGUUGAUAUGAAAGGUUUGAACACUCAUAAAAUUAAUAAUCUACAAAAUUAGUCUUUGAUUGAGUAUAUACGAACCAAAAUUGUUUUCUUUUAAGUUCCGGAUGGAGCAGUCCCCUCAAACAACUCAGUCUUGAAUAUUCAACACGAGAACAACUCUGCAUGUGCGAGUAUGUCAAUUCAACUAUACUGUACGGGUAAUUACCCUCAACAGACGAUGAAUAUGACCCGGAAACCGCAACAUAAACCCACCCACUCUAAAAACUCUCACCACCCCCAGGCAAACCAGUAUCGUUUGCGUGUUGUUGCUCUUUUCCUCUUGAACAAACUUUUCAAGAUUCACAUCUCACUUGGCUCUCCAGUCCUCAUCGAGCCCUAUCAGCGGACCCUCCUCCUCCACGAUGGAGAACUAAUUUUUCAUUCUGCCCUUUUUUCCGCAUCAAAUCGUCCCCACAUGUUUAUUUCAGAUCGCUUCCAAUUAUGGCCUGAACCUCGAUCAAAAACCUGUCCAUCCCUUUGCCGUUCGUUGAUUGAUGAUGGACGGUUGUUGGUUCUCCCUCUUGUCUGUUUACCUCUAGGCUCGCUGACAGGACACCCGCUAGUAUCUGUUGUAAGGGGGCUAAGUUUGUAAAGAUUGUUAUCUUCUGUUCCUUUUCUGCCGUUGGGAACGCUGCGAGGUGUAGUGUUUCUGUUAGAGUAGCAUAGCCAAGCAAUCGGGGGAAGGGUUGAUAAAAACUAUUCAAACAAUGUCCUCGGCUGUUCGUUUGCGUCGUUUUCGAAGUAAACGGUGCAAUCGUGUUGGCGGAUUUUCUUACUUCUGUUUCGUUCUAAAUAUUAAGCAACUAUGUACGUUGGUGCACUAUCACAACCGAUGGAAACAGGAGUAAUACUUGCCAGUGAACUCAGGGUGCUGAACGACAAUGCUAGUCGAAUCAUUACACUUAUACAGCUGCUGAUGGUCAUUGAACUUUAUUGGAUCAGAUUAUCUUUCGAAAUGUUUCGAGAACUAUGUUGGUGCUUAAUGCGAAUAUAUAUGUUAAUUUUAAAUUUGACCCCAGCUUCGCACCACAGAUUUUUAUUUUUAUCCUAGUUCUAUGCUGUAAAAUUUUGAGGUUAAGAAAAUGGUCUACAUACUUGUAGGUAGAAUGGAAUCGAGUUUUUACACCCCUCCACUGAAGCGUCUCAUGACGACAUUUUUUUUUUGAAUGCUAGCGUACCCUUAUUGUCCUGUAAGCAACAGAUUUCACCUUUCGCUGCUGGAUGUCGUCGUGUUCGCAGAAGGGACCUCCUUCACCUAUCUACCAACCGAUCGUUAUCGCCAUCAAUCAUUCUGUCAUAGCCAACGACUCAUUGCGAGAACGAACGGCUCUAGUGUGCGGUGGUUUGCCGAUUGCAUGUGGUGUUGAACGGGGCGCAGGAGAGCUGCAGAGGGAUUCCAGAAUAAAUCAAAUAAAUAAUUAAAUGCCUCCGUUGAUGGGAUUUUUUCUCGAUUUGGAUGCAAGGUGCUCGGUUCAAUUUCGUAUAAAGAAAGCGGUGGGAUUAUUAUUCCAUUAGACUAGACGGCAACGGCAUGUCGGAGUGCGUGCCUGCCACGGUAGCACUAAUGGUUUUCGUCUAAAGUUCUUCUCCUUUUUCGUCUCGCUUGGUUCCCUAGAUGUAACCGGAACCAGCCGGUUCGUAAUAUCAUCUUUCUUCACUUAAUAAUCAUUUGAGCAUUCGCAUAAAGCUUAUCUGGUUAGCAACAAGCGGGUUUAAUUCGUUUCGCAUCCUCACGGAAUCUCAAUAUGAUGUAGUUAGAUUCACUUGUUGCUUUUUCCGAUUUUAUUGAUGAGUUUGAUCUAUUUAAAUUUUGAACUUGACACUGACUGACAUAACCAUAAAGUGAGAUAAUCAAUAUUACUUCAAACAAUGUUUCACAAUUAGCAUAAGAGAAAGAAGCCUUGAAGUUCACAAGAGUGGAUCAGGAAAACAGUAUUUUAGCAUAGCUGUCGUAGUGAAUUCUGCUCUAGAUGUGGUAGAAGAGAGAAUUCAAUCUAGCAAACUGAGGACACUUUAUUGAUUUAUAGUUGAACAUAGAUUUUCUAUUUUCAACUAGCUUCGAGUUCGAAGAAAGUGGCGUCACUAAAAGUAAUGGAAUCAAAAAACGCGGAAUCAUGUUAUGUUAUGUUUAUUGGAGAGCUUGAACCUCGAUGGGUCAUUUGCCCUUAAAAAAUCGUUAUUGCAUUUCAUUUAUUACUAAGAUCUUCUUCUGUCUGCUUUGUUUUCGCUGUCUGGACUGGCUAUGUAGGGACAGGUCUGUGGGCCGCGGAAAACAUCCCCGCAGCUCGGUUGAGUGCGGCGGAUGACCCGCGUGGGAUUAUCUCGGGUCUCGUUACUGGGCCUGUAGGGUGCUGAUGGUAAGUCCAUUGGGCCACUGUUCCUUUGGGCCAUGGGUGACCUCUGGAGUGCGACAGAGGGCCCAUUGAUGGGGUAGCCGUGGUAUGCUUCUGUUUCGAUGCCUUCGAAGAUUCCGAUUUUGGCUAAUCUGGGCCCGAGAACCCGAGCAAACGAUGAGCUCAUAAUAUCCCCAUGGUCAUGGUCCAUGGUAUAUGGUAUUUUGAUAGUGGUAAUACACAUGUAAAAACCAUAUUUUGAUGUGUUUAAGCUGAGACCAUUGUAUGGUGGUUUCAUGGUUGUAAAAUUCGUAACGGAACAUAUUCAUGGUCUUUUAAGGUGCUUUACAGUGUUUGAGAUCAUGAGAAUUUGCUAGGGAAGCCUCUCCAGCAUCCAGUAGGGGGUGGGGCAGAGAGCCUGAAGUUGGUUGGGUUUUCGCUGGUAGUAUGGUUGGUGGCUUUUGGCAGAUCUAAGCCUCGGGAAAACCUCUCCAUUACCCAGCGAGAGUGUAGCCCGCAGAUGAUUAUGUUCUCACUGAUGGUAAAGUUGAUUGCUUUUUGCUUGUCUAGGCACCCUCCAUUACACAGGAAGGGUGCGGCAGAGGGCCCGCGAUUGGUCGUAUUGCCUUAGAUACGAUCGUACAGACCGGUGUCCUUUAGGAAUAGAAUGUGUACCUCCUCCCGGACUGGGUCGUUGGCCAGCACGUCCCGUAUUGAUUCCGAUUCAUCAUAUUAUCGCUAGAGGUCCUCGAACUCCCGGCAGUUGCAGCGGAGGUGUUCAACGGAGAGUCGGAUGUUGCGAGGUACGCAGUUCGGUAUUGGUUCUCUGGAGAUGGUGUGGGCGUGGGUCACUCUGCUGUGUCCCAGCCGGAGUCGGGAGAGUAUCUUUGCUCUUUCAGGUUUGAUCGGUCCGUCCAGCUCUCGGAUGAUCCCUUGACCUUCUGUGUAUGGCCUCGAGAUCUCUGCUAGUGGUUGGUGAAUCCGUGCCGCCGAUUUGUGUUGAGGGUUCGUUUACCAUGUAGAGAUAGCUGGUCGGCAUUCAUAUCGCUGUGGUCAGGUACCCAUCAUACUGUAACCAGUGGGUCUCGUUGGGUCUCGAUGGCCUGCACAAAAGGGAUGGUGGACGUUCCGAAUCCAAUGUUCUUCAGUACUGACAGGGAGUCAAUGAAGAUAACUGUUGGUUAGUGAAAACUGAACGGGAGGGGGGAAGGCGGAAGUAAAGUCCGCUAAUUCCAGCUCCGACCCAGUCGCUCACCUUGGAACCGUUGGUGUAUACUUUGAGAUGUUAUUGGUACAUGCGGUUGAUGAGUUCCCUGUAUUUUAAUAUAAUGCUCCUCGGGAGGUCGCCAAUCUUUGUUGUGGGGGUGAGGCUGUUGUCGAUGUUCAGUCAGGACAUCGUGCCACGCUCGUGGUCUCAUGCGAUGCAGUCGGGCGAUGGUUGGAAGGGGUUUGUUGGUGAGCUCCUGGUGGAUGAACUUCCUGUGAUGGUGAGAAGGUGGCACUCGUUGCCCGCUGUCCUCUCAAGGAAGUUUAAUGCCCGUUUGAGAGCUACCCUGGCUGCUUCCCAGCGGCCCGACACAGGCUGCUUUGGCAGGAGUGUCUGAAAGUAGUCCGGAGAAUAACCACUCCGCUCCCUGAUAUAGUGGUGUGUGGAUAGUGAAGAGCCCAUCUAAGUUUCGGCACGUAAGUUAGAUCCCGUACAAUAUUUUGCUGUUUAUUACGAAUCGUCCGAUGCUAAGUGCCGGUUGCUUUUGGGGGACGGGAACAGAUAGUGCAGACUAGCCGCCUUCUGCUUUCAUAGUACUAAUUAGUCGGAAAUGGGGUAUCAAGGUAAGUAUCCUGUCGAGGGUGACUCCGAUGAUGACUGAUUUCUUCCGAAUUCUUCAGUUUGGAUGUUGUUGAGACGGCUUGGCCUGGAGAUCGCUAAGUGGUGGCUGCUGCAGCACAGGGAGUGAUGGCGCAUUUUUCGAUGCAUAUAUUGAAUUCUGUGGCGAGUGCCCAUCGGCCUACGGCAUCGACAGUCGCCUUUAGUGAUCUCCAGGUACGCGUAAUGGUUUUCCCCAGGGCCACCAGGAUGAUGUCAUCGGCGUAAACGAACACGUAGAUACUACCGGGUAGCGCUGCGAAGAGUGAGUUCAUCUUGAUGAGAAACAACAUCACGACUAGCACUGAGCCUUGCGGCACCGCGUUGAUCUCAUGGAACUUCUGGGAUAAGGUCCCGCCUAUACAGACCCAGAAGCGGUGGUUGGUGAUGUAAUUGCGGAAAAAUGUGCCGAGGUUUCCCUGCAGACCCCAUGGAUUGAGAUCUUGGUGCACGCCUUCUCGGCACACUGUGUAGUAGGCUUUUGAUAGGUCAAGGAUGGCGAUGUUGGCGUGUAGGUUUUCUAAUACGGCCUUGCCGAGCACUUUCCCAAGGGAUCCUAGGUGGGCUCCGGUUCCGAGUCCUUCUCGGAAGACAAAUUGGCGUGGGUCAAGAAGUUGGUGAUCUUCCAGCCACGUAGUCAGUCACCAGUUGUCCAUCCAGAGUUUUAGCGGUGCAGGACAGCAGGCUGAUUGGCCGGAAGUCGCUAGUGAUACGGGUGUUCUGGCAUUUUUUGGGGAUGGGUUCCACGUGGGCCAGUUUCUAUUUUUGCGGGAAAGUACCUUCUUGCGUUGAAGAAGUCCAAAAGGGCUCUAAUAUCGAAGCAUCGGAUAUCCCACCCUGCGGUGUGUUCCAUCGCAGUGAAGGAUUUGUUGUAAUUGAGUGUGAAGGUGUAGUCUACUGUUGCGCUGGAUAAAGACAGCGGACACAACUUUGUCGGAGGAUAAGGAUUGGAAAUGGUGUCCUAUCCUGUCCGCGAUUUCCUCAGGAUCGGUGAUGGUAGUGUUGUUUACUGAUUGGGAGUAGCCGAUUUGACGGUGUUUUCCGCUGAGCGCCUUUACUCGUCUCCACAGUUCGGCGGUUGUGGAGUCCGGGUUGAUGCUGCCGACGAAGUUAAUCCUUGGCUGCUAUGCUCAUUUUUCUUGCUGCGUUUCGGAUUGUUCUGAAGUUGUCCACCCCUUGAUUCGGAGUACUUAUCCGCCCUCAAGGAAGAUCACUCAACUAACCCACGCAACUCACGAUAAUACAAUCUACCUAUUUAAAGUACUGACUGGUGAUUUGGUGUACGUAACAUGGACUUAUACUUCGAUAUCGUCAGGUCUGGUAUUAACUAUUAACUAAUAGUGAGGCUUGUCGUAUUCCCACCACUCGAACACCGUAAAGAACACAUGAAAAGGAGUUCUUCAAAUGCCGUAUCACCUCUCUUUUAGUGCGACAUCUUUGUCACUGUUGUUUUACCAACGAAUAGACGAAUUGAUAAGUCAAUACUUAACAUCAACUGCUACGGUGUAGUUCCACAUUGCAGGAAUAUAACAUAUUAUUGUUUUUUGUUAUCGUCUAAUGUACAAAUAAACAAAAAUCUUAAAUCUGUUGCUUUGCGUGGUAGCAGUAUCUUUAUCUGGCCGAGUCAGAGCAUGUACUAUUGAUUUAAAAGAUUGCGUUAUUUCAGGAUACAUGUUCUUUUCAGGCGUUAUGUUCGGCUUCCAGUCUUUGAAAUAUUUAACAAACGGAAUGUCUACUUUUCAUCCGACGUUUCGGCGGCAAGUAUUGCGCCUUUCUCAAGGAAAAGAUACAUGAUUGGUUGUAUUCGCUGAAGUGCAGUGGUUAUAGUACUCAUGUUGUGGCAAAUAUCUAGAUAAUUAUCAGUUAAAUAGACAAUUUUAUAUAAAUAUAAAUGUGGAUGAAUCAGCACUUAUACUUGGACUUGUGCUAGUUGCUCCAGCCGCCUAUGGUAACAGUGGACAUAAGAAAGAAUCUGGGAUAUUAUUUCGGAAUAGUAAAGAAUGAUUUUAACUAAACGACUAUUUCAGUUCCAAGAUUAUGGCUCUAUUUACUGAGUAGAGAUGUAAGCAGUCCCAAUUCAAAGAAAAAAUGCACUUUUCGAAAAUAUGUUUACAGCCCACCGAAGUGCAAUCCAGGGUUAUCGGAAAUGAUUACAGCUCGCCUACUGUUUUCAUUAAUCAUACGCACUUGUACCAUCGACAAUCACGUGACGAAAACGCAUUAAUCACGGCUGCAGUGUUGACAUUUAUUCCUCUACAAUGUGAUUGUUUAUCUUCCCAUCCCACAAGUCGGUGUUAUAAAAAUCAUCGAACAUCAAAUAUGAUAAAUGUUUUCCAACCUUGGUUAACUUUUUUCCUCCCCCUGUAUUACAGUCAUCAAUCGGAAUAAUGGUAGUAGCUGUAAGUACGCCAUAUCCAUCAUAAUUAGUGCCAGGUUUCAGUGAGUGAAGUUACGAUUCCAUGGAUAUUAAAUAUGACCUAUUCGUUGCGCUCAUCAACUAGUGCUAAAUCAAAUUAUGUUCAGUUCCAAUGAAACCAUAAUUAAACAUGUCCAUUUUUUUUUUUGUUACCUAAUGAAAACUAUAACCUCACGCCGUACCGCCAACCGUAAACCACAGUCAAUUCCCCGGCACAUCGGAUUAAUUUUCCACACGUUUAACGAAGUAAACAAGCCGCUGAAGUGCGCGACCAGUAAACUAUUUUUCAAAUCGAAUCAAAACACAAUCGUCAACAUUAUCAAAAACAGGAACAACCGCAACACACUGCUCUCAGCCUCCCCAAACACAGACUGAAUCUCGGUGUGUCAAACAAAAAAAAGAAGAAAACAAAAAAAAACAACUUAUCUACCAGCAUCAUGGGUGGGCUGGAACUGUAAAAUAAAGCACUACAUACAAAGCGGAAAUGCUCUCUGAACCAACCAUUGUAAAUAGAAGAUAGAUUAAACGAAAUUUAAUAAAAGAAACAAAUCAAACAGUUGUUAGUUUUUUACGUUACAAUAAAAUACAAUUUAUUUCUUGUAAAUAGUGUACAAACGGAAUCAUCACACUGAAAAUUAUCGCAGUAUAACUUAUUAAAGGCAAAUAUUAUUAAGACAUUUGAACAAAAUAAUUGAAUAAAGGUACCAUACAAUGAAAUUUAAGAUCAAGAAAUGUAAAUAAAG